AUGGCUCGUCACAAGAAGUUCUCCUUUCCACUGCCUCGCAGGUCGCGAACAACCGUGGCAGACGACGACACCCGCUCGAUACCCUCGAUUCCCCCCACGCCCGAAUGGUCCUCGCGCCGCGAAGAGCCGUCGACGAGCAAAGCACACCGUGUGCUCGGAACCUCUGACACCAUAUAUCGUCCAACGUCGAAUCAAGCAUCCUUACCAGCCAGUUCCGACUACAUGUCUGUCACCGUAUCAGAGGCUAGUUUCGGUUCCCAGUUCGACGACAGAAAAUCUGCAACAGCUACCGAGCAUAGCAGCAGUUACCCCAAACGACCAGCGAUGUCGAAACGACCGUCUUCAAAUAUUCUGGGGGGUACCUUCAGUGGAGAUGGGAGGCGGGGCUCCGACAACAGCUCUGUUGCCCAUCGACUACAAGCUCAGACGUCAAAUUCAACCAUGCGCUCGCACUAUGAUGCGAAGAGCUCUCCACUGUCCAUAUCACAGCAGACAUCUGACUCGGCAGUGCGGGACAGAGCGUUACGGAGAGGGCAGCCGCCAGUCUUGAUGGAUUAUGGUCACAACGGGCAUGCAGCUAGUCCAGUGUCCCCUUUGAUGCUAGACGAGACGAAAAGCAGGGAGAACCGGAAAAGUAAGCCUACGCGGUUAGACCUUUCGAAGCUGUUCCCAAAGCCAAGAGGCGGCAACAGCCAAAGCUAUGGACACGCACUGCUUUCGCCUGCCAAGAUGGUGAACUCACCUGCCGCUAUGUCAAUGUCUUCAGACUACUUCCCCCGUCCCAUGACCCGAGAACCGACGCCCCAGGUAGGGGAUCAAGUGAAGCUGAGGAAGACUACGACCCAGCCACUGGCUCCAAUGAUUGAGUCUCCAAGCAGUCCAGUGCGCAAGUUCAAGCGAGACCAGUAUGACAACGCCAAGGUCCACGUCCGGCGGCCACCGAAGGGCGUUCAACACUGGUUCGAUGCGCUAGAUGAGGACAGUGAGGAAGACUCGGAGGAGGUACGAGCACCCAUUCACGCUCCAAAGGCUGUGCGUCCAACCGGUCCGCCAAAGGUCCCUGUUCGCAACGUAUCCCUCGGACGACUUCAUCCAGAUAAAGUAACAUCACCACAAGCCCCACAGGCGCAGAAUAUGGUACCCAAUUUCAGAAGAGAUACCUUUACCCAUGAAGACAUCGUUGAUGUUACCCAUUUGACCUCACCCAGCCAGUUUUCGGUGAACUCGCUGGUCUCGAAUAAGACGAAGGAGUCCGCAUUAUCAAAGAGUAACCUGCAGGACUCCAGUGUUCUCUCCUUCUCGUCAUCAGAAGACGAGCAGGAUAAUUGUCAACCAAAAGGCCGCAAAGUGGCAGUUCGAAAGAGCUUAGAUAUUGAUGAUGCCGGUGAAGUAAUCAUCGGACAGGCCCAAGCAUUCGAGGUACGGCCACAACGAAGAACAUCGGCUGGGAUGAUGAGCACGCGAUCCACAUCCACAAGUGCCGCGACGAUCGAAGUCAUGUACGCUCCGGAAACACCGUAUCAUUCGUACCAUUACCCCAGGAACAGCACUUACAGUGGCGUCAUCCUCGAAGAUGAAGACACUCGCCCCAGAACGGCCGUUAAUAUGCCUCAUUCACCGUCCGCUCACAGCAUAAUAAGUGCACGUACCUCGGCAAGCGAGCCCAAGCUUCGCUCCAAUAGGUCCAACAAGUUGAUGGCAGUCACUGCUGAAGAGGAGGCUCUUCUGGAAAUGAUGCGCAAAAAGCGUGCAGCCAUGGCCAAGAACGGAGUACCACAUGCCAAAACCACCGUUGUCGAAGAAGAAAAACGACAGAGAACUCCGACUAAAGAGGUACAAAGGCAACAUCGUACAUCUGCAUUCUUGUCGAUGGAAGGAAGUCCUGUUAGGGCAGUGGAGACGAAACCUACGCGAAGAUCGCCGGCAAAUACACCGCCUAUCAGAGCUAGCCAUGAACGGGAUACUGUAAUGAGCCAUUUGCGGGAUAGCUCCGCGAGUGAUACCUGGUCUGACCGUCACAACUCCCCCGCCAGCCGAGCAAGCAUCCCACAUCACCUUCCUACUCCAGCCGAGUUCUCACCGUUUGACCUCUACCUACCUUCAUCAGACACUCCUACUGCGAGCAUAACAUCACCAACUACAACUGAACAUGCGUCUCCCCUACCUUCUCCCAUCACUCCUGGGCUUCGGAUGGGCGAAACAGACAUCGCAGUUAAAGUGGCUAGUAGCGAUACCAGCAUCGACCAUGAAGACGUUGGUAUCCUGGAGCAUGGCAUCAUCGGUGCACCAACCAGCAACAUCAAGCCCUCUUCACGAUCCGCUUCGCACGAAAUGGGUUCACACCGGCGCCGUCGAACCGCUUCCAGCGGAGCCGAAGUCACGUUCCCGGCUCCACCUACAAACGCCGCGAGAGACAUGACUUUCGUCCCUGAACCCUCUUCCCGCACGCCUAGCGUUGUUGAGCCGCCGCUCCCUAGGCUGUCGAGCAAGACGUCAAAGCGGGUGAGCGGCGUAUCGCUGUCGACCAGUGGUCAACCGAGAAGUAGGCAGAGUAGUGUUCACUCGACCAAUUCGCGUACAUCUACUUACUCGCACACGUCGAGUCUACUCGGUGGCCUCGAAAAGAAGAGCAGGCAUUUGAGCCGUGGUGAUAGCUUUGUUAGUAUGAAUGGGAGUGCCAUGGAAAAUAGGGACAGCGUCAGUGAUGAUGUCCUGGCUGCGUGGAAUAGCUUGGGUGGGACAUAUUGA